AUGCGGCGGUUCGCGUCAGGUGUCACCUCUGAGAGCCACCAGCUCUACGGUCCCUUCAUGCGGCAGCUGUCAGCCUGCAUCUUUGAGUGGGAUGCAGGGGAAGCACGGGAUGGUCACCGAGGCAGAGGUUUCGAGGAAGAUCGGCAGGAAGGAGAUUGCUGUCGGCGUCGUACGCGUGGAGCCGCGGAGACCGAAGUCCUUCUCCUCGAGACCUUCAACAGCGAGAAGGGGGUCGACACCCUGGGCAUCCCGUUGCUGGACUCCAUCCGCAUCCAGGCGAUCUGGAAAGAGCAGAGGCGCCACCUCCACUGCAUACAGGACCCACCCGGUGUACAGCUGUACACCGAGACCGGCAAAAUCACCAAGGGCGGCGUGAUGUUGCCGGUUUAUCGCUGCGCACGGGGCUCCACAUCCUUGGAGUCAUUCCAUCUCCACCUCAACCGGUUCAUCCCAGGUACCAGGGCAAAUGCAAUGCAUUUCCAGGCAUUCCUGUUGGAUGGACUGAUGAGGUGGAACAAGGACCGUGCGCAGGCAGCAGUGGAGGGGAAGAACAGGAAGCCCCUGCUCUCCUACAGUGGCUACCUGCAGCACAUCCUUAACCUUAGCAGCAAAAGGGUGCUUGGCAAGGAACAGGUUAAGGACUACACCAAGCCUAGCGAGUACACAGGUAAGUCAAGGGAACUCCUCGGAGUGGAGUACCUGUACUCGCAGACUGGCAGAGUGCUGCAGGAUGUCAGCGGGGACCCUGACCUUCCGGAAGAGCAGCUGUCGAGCAGCUCGACGAGGGCUUUCAGGAGGAGGAUGUAG